GUUUGGAGGGGCGCCCAUUGGAAAGUAUAAAGACGAAGAGAAAUCCAAGAUGAGCCAACCGACAACAGCACCAUCAUCAACAUCAACUAGAAACCACUACAAUGGCUGAGGAAGUGGACUCGCUCUUGGUGGACAACGUCAAGUCAAUCGUCGCUGGUGGUGUCGGUGGUGUAGCCGCCGUGGUCACUGGCCAUCCGUUUGAUCUAGUCAAGGUUCGUCUACAAAGUGGCCAAUACCCAACCAUGUUGACCGCUGUGAAAUCAAUCUUGAAAACAUCUGGACCAACUGGGUUCUAUAGAGGUGUUGUGCCUCCAUUGGUCGGCGUGACUCCAAUGUUUGCUGUUAGUUUUUGGGGUUAUGAUAUGGGUAAAAACAUUGUAUCUUCUUUUAGUGGUGGUAAACCUGCCGCAGAAUUCACAAAUGCUCAAUUGAGUACUGCUGGUUUCAUUAGUGCUAUUCCAACAACUUUAGUGGCUGCUCCAAUGGAGAGAACCAAAAUUGUCUUACAAACUCAAGACGCAAAUGCAUCAAAAUCAAUGAUUUCAGCCGUUCGUAGAAUCUUAGCCACUGGUGGUGUAAGAUCGUUAUUCAAAGGUUCAGUGGCAACUUUGGCAAGAGAUGGUCCAGGUUCUGCUAUUUAUUUUGCAACUUAUGAAAUCGCCAAAAAGGAAUUGUCUAAAUUAAGUGGUGCUAAAUCUGAUGAAAUGAGUCUCGCUGCUAUUUCAACUGCUGGUGGGUUAGCUGGUGUUGGUAUGUGGGUUGUUGUUUUCCCUAUAGAUACUAUAAAGACAAGAAUCACAAGUAAUGUUAAUGAAUCAAUUGGUGCCAAAGAGGCAAUUUCUUCUAUCUAUAAGAAAGCUGGUAUAAAAGGAUUCUUCCCAGGUAUAGGACCUGCUUUAUUAAGAAGUUUCCCAGCAAAUGCAGCUACUUUUGUGGGUGUGGAAUUGACGCAUCAAUUCUUUAAGAAAUAUACAUGAAUGAUUAGAAAAGCAGGAUCUCUUCAAAUGUGAUUAAAAUAAAAGAUUAAAAGAAGUUGUGUAUAAUAGAAAAGAUUACUUCUUAUAACUUAUUGCUGAGAUUAUGUAAGUUUUGCGUGCUGUAUUACCUAAUCUGAUAAUGGUGUUUGGGUGUUAAUUAUCACGACUUUUUCGAUUCGUCAAAAAACAAAAUGGUGAAAUCUAUUGAGGGCCAUAAAAGUUGAAAACAACAACCUAAAUAUUCCAAUAAUACAGCAGCA